AUGGAGUUACUGGAGGACCUUGAGACCCUGCGGUUUGAGGAUGGGAUUCCGGAGGAAGAUCGUUUCUGGCUAUACUUGCGCGGCCGCACUCGGGGACUGAGGAUCGAGGCCUGCGCCCACGCAGUUUUCUUCUGCAAACUCUUACUCAGGCUGAGAAAACUGUUAUAUAAGGACAAAAGUUCCAGUUUCAGACCUCUUGCUGCUGGAUCCCUUGACUUGGAUCCUGAGAGUGAUGAGAUAUUAAAGUUGGGCAUCAUUGGAAGUGGCCAACUCGGGAAGCAACUGGCUUUUGCCCUGCUGAAACUCGUCCCCCUCCCUCCUGAGAGCCUGCGGAUCUCCACCAGGAGGCCAGAGAGCCUGGUGGAGCUCCGGAAACAAGGCGUCCAGUGCUUUUACCAGAACUCUUCCCUGGUGAGCUGGGCCAACGUCCUCUUCCUCUGCUGCUUGCCAGCCCAGCUGCCGAAUAUCUGCUUAGACAUCCAAUCCAGCCUGGAGAAGACCUGCACCGUGUACAGCUUUGUGUCUGCCAUCCCGCUCCCGAGGUUGAAACUACUACUGAACCACACCAACAUCUUGAAGGCCCAGUACCAUUUCGGUGAGGAUCUUGACAACAUCUGGGGGGUCGAUAAGGAUAUCACAGCUGCUCUUCAGGAUCCUGUGAUUGUUCAGGCCACCUGCCCUUACAGUUCUGCUGGGGGAAUAGUCCUCAACAUCAAGUGGCUGGAGGGAGUGUUUUACGCACUCAUCAACAUCUGCACGGCCAGGAACAUGUUCCACUCAGAAGUGCUGCAGCUUUUCAACAAGCUAUUUCUGUCUGCGCAUUUGGAAAGCUGUGAGAAAGAUAAAGCAUCUUGCCCCAAAUUUCAGUUAUCAGAUUUUUUGAACAAAACCUACGUCAUGAACAUGUUUCGAAGGAGGCCUUUCCCCUGGUUUGAUCUGAUUACUGUACAACUCAAGGAAACUCCUUUUAGCCAGCGUCUUUCAGCCAGUAUAGUUCUCCAAGACCACCUUACCCGUCUGUACUAUGAUUCAUUUGGUCUCACUCUAGCCCAGGCU